UGUCGUUUGUUAGAGGGUGGAGGAGUGGCCGAGGACCAAGCUUCGGCAUAUUGGAGAACUGCCGCUCCGUGUUGGCCUUUUCCCUUUCUUUUAAAUUUUACACAGUUUUUUUAUUUGAAAUAAUUUUUUGUUAUUCAAUAUAUAUCUCGAUAAUCGUGUAUUUGUUCUAAAAUGGCAUUAAAAGUGUUUUGUCUUUUAAAUCAAAGGAACAGUCAUUUCAACCAAAUAGCCAUUGAAGACAAGAACAUCUGCGCCGUUUCUGACCAUUUUGGCGCCCUAGGAGACAUUGCUUUUGUUGAUGGGGGAAGGCCGCAGUGUAUUAGUGUCUUGAGCGGGAAUCUCAUUAUUGCCCCUUCCGUUUGCAAGAGCGAUCUCAUCACUGGUGCUGCUAAUGUGUGUGCGUGUGCCUUCCACCUUGUAAUGAGACACCAAUUAUCCUUCAGGUUUUACUCCAUUCUCUUUCUCUGUAUCUUUUACCAAGUCUUCAAAUUUUUCCUCUGUACACGUCUGCCAUGGUUGUUCAUAUUCCCCCGGCUGAACAAGUAGCCACGCCCCAAGCUCACACUAUAGGUUAAGCUAAAAAGAAGAGAUGGUUGGAGCUGAGCGGGCUGCUCAAAAUAUAAACAUCAAUGUGUUGAUAGUGCCAGGGAAGCUCAGUGUUUAUGACCCCAUGGUCAUGAAUGGCUUACUUAAAGUUGUCAACGAACAAUAAACUGGGAUAGUAGAACAUAUUUUGACAAAAGGUACAUACUUCACCUUUAAGUGGUGGCUGGAAAUGUAUGUGAGACACAUGUUAAUACCAGGUGUGAACAUUAAUGUCUCAGCUAAAUACUUGUGAUCUAGUCACCUGAGAUAGAUGUUAAAGUAAUAGUUCAUACAAACAAUUCAAAUGAUGUCAUAAUUUACUCCCUCAUGUCAUUCCGAAAACACAUACAUUUCUUCCAUGGGUCUUCCAUAUAAUGAAAGUGCAAGUGAAUGACAAAAAGUACCAUAGAAGUAUCAUUAAAGUAGUUUUUGACUUCUGUGCUUUAUUCCAAGUCUUCUGAAGUCAUAUGAUAAUUUGAUAAUCUUCACCCACAGAAGCUCUUAAAGGACAAAGAAAUUAUACAUUGAUGCCAUUUAGCAAUAAAUGCGUUAGUACUUGCAUUCCUUGUAACCAAGCAACAUUACUGUCAAUUGCACCCCAAUCCCCUUAAUGCACCCCAUAUGGUUUUGGAACAACAUGAGGGAAUUUUCCAUUUUGGGUGAACUAUUCCUGUGAUAGCAGGACUAAACCGGAAUGUUGAUCUGCUCUUCCUCUAUUACCUCUUGCUUUAGAUGUUGUUGUGAUCUGGUUAUCUUUGUGAUUGGAUAACAUCAUUUUUUCUCUUUCAUUCUCUUCUUUCUUUCCUGGUCUCUCUUUCUCUUUUCUUCUGCUUGUAGCGCUUCAGUAUGGAGGGCAUCUCUUCUGCCAUUCAGAAUGGGUUUCGGCACACUUUUGGGCAUGUGGGCGGGGAAAAGCAGUAUGUAACAACAGUGAUCCCUUAUGAGAGGAAAGAUGGGCCGCCAUCUGUCCAAGACCUGCAGAUUUUUACCAAAAUUUUAAAAGCCAUGAGAGAUGACAGUGACAAGGUACCAAGUCUCCUCACAGACUACAUUCUCAAAGUACUGUGUCCCACCUAGAGAGAGGAAAGACACUUGUCCUCUCAUCUGUAUCGAGGAUGGCUCCUUGGAUUUCUCCAAAACAAGAACUUCUGGAGGGAUUUAAGUUACUGUGCAACCUUCACACUGUUGAACAAUGAAUGAGUGCAAGACUGAAUUCUUCUGUAUUGAAGUGUUUUACCCAAAAUGUAGCAUGUUUGCAGUAUUCCGUUUGAUCGCAUUAAGGUUUGCUGUUCUUGUGUAUAGGUGAAGCUAAGGUUUAGUUGUGUGUAUUCAGCCAUCCCCUGGUAAGCACUGGUUUAUCCAGGUGUGCUCUGAAAUAUAUUCAAAGUUUGACUUUUGUGUCACCAAGGGAUGUUGUAUUUCCAAUCCUAAGGGUUGAUUAGUCGUCCCGAGCACUUAUUGGUCUUUUAACUGUUUUGGUCUGUUUUGCUUAGGUUGAUCGAACUCUACUGAGUGAAUCAACUGAUUUAAUGCCUUAUGUCACUACAUGUCUAUUCACUCAUAAUAUACUGUACAAACUCUGUUCCUAGAACUUUACUCAUGAGGUUGUGUAGAAACGAUUUACUGAACAAAAAACUGACCUCUGGCCUAUGCAUUACAGUAUUUUCAAAAAGGCAUAACUUUAGGCACAUUACGCUUUAUGAUGCUGAUGAGAUGAUAUUUUGGUGCUGGUGUUUUAUUUUGUCCUGACUGUAAGAUCAGUUGUGUGCCUACUGAAUCUGUUAUCCUGACAAGUGUUGGCUGGAGUGUGAUGCAGAGUGAUGAUUUAUUCACAUCAUGAACAAACCUUUGUCUCUGUGUUUUGUUUUUAUUUUUGUAUUAAUAAUGUCCUGGCAUUAACAUUGUUUAACAGUUUUGUAUAAAAUGUGUAAACUAUGGCAAUUUCUGUUUCUCACUUUCUUUAAUUUAUACUUUUCGAAUUAAAAAGAAAAAUAUAUAUUUUAAAACUACAUGGUUAUCUAUUUUGCAUUAU